AUGUCAGGCCCGCCAGCGGAGUCGCGCCCCAAGGUCCCCCUGAAGCGCGGAAAGCUGUCCCCCAUGCGCGCAGUGCCCCCCCACAUCCCUCGCCCGCCCUACGCUGACAGUGGCAUCUCCCCACCCUUUACCAUGGAGCCCCAGGUGCAUGGGGAGGAGGGGCAGAGGCGCAUGAGGGAGGCGGGGCAGCUGGCAGCACGAGUCAGAGACCACGCCGGCACACUUGUGAAGCCCGGAGUCACAACAGACGAAAUAGACCGUGCAGUGCAUGAGAUGAUCAUAGAGGCGGGAGCAUACCCCUCGCCGCUCAACUACGCAGGCUUCCCCAAGUCUGUGUGCACAUCUGUCAACGAGUGCAUCUGCCACGGCAUCCCCGACUCGCGGCCGCUAGAGGAUGGGGACAUAAUCAACAUCGACGUCACAGUGUACCUUAACGGUUACCACGGAGACACGUCCAAGACAUUUUAUUGCGGCAACGUCUCUACAGCUGCCAAGAAACUAGUAGAGGUGACAGAGGAAGCGUUGAAUGCAGCCAUUGCAGUCUGUGGGCCCGACGCCGAGUUCAAGAAGAUCGGCCACGCCAUUCACGCCAUGGCAGACAAGCACAGCUACGGGGUGGUAAGGAAGUUCAUCGGCCAUGGUGUUGGCUCCGUCUUCCAUGCCGGCCCUGCUGUGCUGCACUAUCGCAACAACGAGCCAGGGCGCAUGCAAGUGGGGCAGACAUUCACCAUCGAGCCCAUGUUCACGAUGGGGGGGGUGCGGGAUGUGAUGUGGGACGAUGGGUGGACGGCCGUCACUGCGGAUGGCACCUUGACAGCCCAGUUUGAACACACUCUGCUUAUAACGGAGACAGGAGUGGAGGUGCUCACAAGGUGA